GGUGGUUCGUUUUAUAUCGAGCACUGGGAACUCUUUCUCUAUGCCAUCGGACAAGGGUAAGCAUCGGAUAACGUCAACUGAAGGGGUUAGUACUCUUCAUCAAACAGACAUAAAACUUGAUUGAAGUAGACAACAAACGAUUGAGAAAUGAACGAACAAAGUCAAGCUCUCGCGAGAGAGGACCCGGACGAGCAAGGAAGAGACUUGAAGGCACCAAAAGAGCCACAGAGACACACCUGGUCAAGAAAAGCCGAAUACCUUCUGUCUUUGAUUGGAUAUAGCGUCGGUCUGGGAAACAUCUGGAGGUUUCCUUAUGUUUGUAUUAGAAAUGGUGGAGGAGCUUUUCUCAUCCCGUUUGUGAUUUGUCUCGUCACGAUUGGUCUGCCGUUGUACUUUUUGGAAGUUGCCAUGGGUCAGUUCAUGUCCAGGGGAGCUUAUCAUGUAUGGAAUAUAUGUCCUCUUUUCAAAGGGAUAGGGAUUGCUCAGGUAAUCGUGAAUCUCAUGUGUUCCUGGUACUUCCUCAUCAUCAUCGCCUGGAUCCUCAUCUAUCUGGUCAACUCCUUCAAGUCGCCCCUCCCCUGGACACUGUGUGGACAAGAGUGGAACUCUGACCGCUGUGUGCCGCAGGGGAGUCGGGUCCUGCUCUACAACACCAGCACCAUCUUCUACAACAGCAGCAGCAACAGCUACAACAUCAGCAGCAACAACUACAACAUCAGCAGCACCAGCUACAUCAACGGAACUCAUAGUUCCAGCCAGAACCGGAGCUCCCAUGAAACAGACGGACGUUAUAUCACAUUCAAUGGCUCAUUGGACAACUCAGAUCUAAGACCGGCUAGUGAAGAAUUUUGGAAAAAUAACGUAUUGGAGCUUUCUUCUGGACUGACCUCAAUGGGUGGCCUCCCCUGGCACACGACACUAGCCCUGUUGGUCUCCGCCAUUUUGGUGUACUUGUGCCUGAUCAACGGUGUCAAGUCUGUUGGGAAGGUAGUGUACGUGACUGCCACCUUGCCGUACAUACUGAUUACAGUUUUAAUUAUUAAAGGUGCGACAUUGCCUGGUGCAGUGGACGGUGUGCUCUUUUACAUCUGGCCGGAUUUCAGUAAACUUCUAGUUGUCCAGACUUGGCUAGAGGCCAGCCUACAAGUCGUCUACUCCCUGGGCCCAAUAUGGGGAGCCCUAGCCACAGUUGCUAGUUACAACAAAUUUAACAAUAACUGCUUGAGGGACUCUGUAAUGUUGACGCUGGUGUGUGAAGGUACCAGUCUCUUUGCGGGGUUCGCCAUCUUCUCCAUCGUGGGUCACAUGGCUUACAACCUAAAUGUACCAGUCGAGAAAUUCGCUGAUACUGGUCCUGGUCUAGCGUUUGUUGUCUACCCUGAAGCCAUCGCUUACCUCCCUGUACCACAGUUGUGGGGCGUCUUGUUUUUUCUCAUGUUGUUUACUGUCGCCCUAGACUCGCAGUUUGUUACUGUGGAAAUAGCCUUGACCGUUAUUUUCGACAUCCGCCCAGACUUGGCGGGGAAAAGAGGUUUUUGGAUUAAAAUAGCUUUCGCUGUUUUAACUUUUAUUACCGGUUUGCCUUUUGCUGCGAGGGGUGGCAUAUAUUUGUUUCAAAUCUUUGACUGGUACGUUUCUGCCGUUACUGCUCUGUUCAUCGGUGGCCUGGAGUGUGUAAUAGUGGCCUGGAUAUACGGGGCAGAGAGAAUGCUGGACGAUAUUUUCUUCAUGAGUGGUAAAAGACCGCCGUAUAUUUUUGUUAUCUUGUGGAAAUAUGUAGACCCUGUUUGUUAUUCGCUGCUGUUUUGUGCGUCCCUGGCGACCUACGAGGCGCCCGUGUUUGACGGCUACAUCUACGGUCCUGGUGAAAUCGCCUUCGGUUGGUUCAUAGCCGUCUUCUGGUUCCUGCCUAUCCCGGCAGUUGCGGCACUACAGGUGGCGAGGUCGUCUGGAAGUCUGAAACAGAGAUUACGUCAUACGUGCUCACCCUCUGCUGAAUGGUGCCCUGGGGACGUGACGCGCAGGGAGGAGUACAAAACCUACACACGUCAUGUGUCAACCACUGGACCCACCCUACACAGCCGGUGUUAGCGCUGAUGAAUAUUUACAACAUUAAAUAAAUUUAAAUUUUUAAAAAUAAUUUACUGUUAAUGUAUUUGAAAUGUUAAUACCAUAUAAUAUAAGGUCUUACAAUGAAUAGAGUUGCAUAUUUGGAAUAUAACUAAAAGAUUGGAUUAACUCUACACUGGACUCAGAUACUUGCUUGAUAAAAUGUGAAUGUUGAUCAGGGAACAACAUGGCCAUCUCUCACAGUGCUCAACUGUACUCAUGCACUUAACUUACACCUAGUACAAUACAACCAGUUUCUUCCAGGUAUUUCCUGUAAUUUA